AUACCUAAAACUGUAUGAUAACAUGGGUUAAUUUUAAAUUUGACUACAAUUUUUGGAGCAAGUACUGGUAGAUUCAAGUUAGUGUCACGUGCUUGUAUUGUAGUCAAUUUUGGUAAAGAUCAGCUGGCUUGUUACUUCUGUUUGGGACAUUUGUGUUGUUCUUCAAAAGCAUAAAAGUUGAAAACUUAGAAGUAAUAAGAAGUUAUGUGUUCAUUCUUGGUAUUUCUCUGCAGCCUCAGGGCCAACAUUUUGUGACUGUAGGGAUUCUUUACAUGGCUGUUAAAUGUUCCUUUUAAUCUUGGAUACUUCCCUGCGCUGUUUCCAGUCCCCUCUUAUUAUUAUCUCAGUUUUUGAGACUAGACUUAGAUUUUGGUAUUUCUUUUAAAAAAUCUCACUGCUUUCAGCUAAGCUCUAUGCUUUUAAGUGUCCUUUGAUAGAGCUGAACCAGUAUCUUAACCCUUUUUGGUUCCUGGAUCUGGAACAGACAGUAACAACACAUGAAGUAAGAGAUUAUAUUAAUAAAUUAGGCCCCUGUUAAAUUACUGCAAGAGAGACAAUUUACUGCACUUUUUUUUUUUAGCAACUACACUUCUGGUUUUUCAAUGCUAGUACUUACUAAGCUGUCUUUGCAAACUGAACUCUCAUUUAGGACCAAAAGUCAGCUCCAUACAGGAAAUAAAACGGGCAGAGCGAUUGAGUUUGUGUCCUGGGCUGCUGCUUGUUGCUACUACUUAAUUACAGCAAUCUCCCUGGCAUGCUUUUUAUCUACACUGUCUAGAAUUCUCUGGGACCUUUUUCCCUCCUGGCCCAUUUUGGGUGAUAUCACAUGCCAGGAGCCAUUUCCAGCAGGCAGUAUAGGUAAGGCUCCACUUAUGUUUCCUUACACCCUGAUUAACCAUGCCAGCAGGUCCUGUAGCCUCAAACACCUCAAAUGCCAUCCUGUCACACAGCAGAACAGAGAACACUACUUCAUUUUCAUACCAUGAAAAUAUUGUCCACUUUGAAUGUAAAAAUUCCCACAAAGAAUAUCUUCAGGGCAUAAGAGUGCUAUGUAGGACCUGAAAGAGUAUAACUAAGAAGAUUUCAGAAUCAAAAGGUUAGGUCAGAUGUUAAGGAAGAAAGAGCAUGGGCUGUAAUUGCAAAUGACAACUGUUUCACCAUGACCCUGUUUAUUUUUCGUAGGGACCUAGGUUUCCAGGAGAAGCAGGUGGAUGUGUACAGUGAAUAAGGUGUCUGAAGAAAACAAGAAUCAUGGAAGGUCACAAAUACAACUAUCCAAGAGAAUUUUAUGAUCAAUAUGCUCAAAGCCAAGAAAAAUCUGUGGUCAAUAAAAUGCAACAGAAGUACUGGAAAACAAAACAAACCCUUAUAAAAGUUACGGGAAAAAAGGAAGAUGAACAUGUUGUGGCUUCAGAUGCAGAUCUAGAUGCAAAACUAGAGCUGUUCCAUUCUAUUCAGAGAACAUGUAUGGAGUUGCUGAAAGCAAUUGAACUGUAUCAAAAAAGGAUUUGUUUUCUGUCUCAGGAAGAAAAUGAAUUGGGGAAAUUUCUUCGAUCACAGGGUUCUCAGGAUAAAACAAGAGCAGGAAAAAUGAUGCAAGCUACAGGAAAGGCCCUCUGCUUUUCUUCUCAGCAAAGACUAGCGCUCCGUGCUCCCCUCAGUAGAUUGUAUCAAGAAGUGGAGACUUUCAGAUACAGGGCCAUCUCAGACACCUGGCUGACAGUGAACAGAAUGGAGCAGUAUCGGACUGAAUACAGAGGAGCUCUACUCUGGAUGAAAGAUGUGUCUCAGGAGCUGGAUCCAGAUCUUUAUAAGCAGAUGGAAAAGUUCAGGAAGGUUCAAGCACAAGUGCGACAUGCAAAACUCAACUUUGACAAACUGAAGACUGAUGUCUGUCAAAAAGUGGAUCUUCUGGGAGCCAGUAGAUGCAACCUCCUUUCUCAUGUGUUAACAACAUAUCAGACAACACUGCUUCAUUUUUGGGAAAAAACUUCACACACAAUGGCAGCCAUCCAUGAAAGUUUCAAAGGUUAUCAGCCAUAUGAAUUCACUAUGUUAAAGAGCUUGCAAGAUCCUGUGAAUAAACUAACAGAAAAAGCAGAAAAGGAGAACCAGCAGAUUGAGAGCGCCAAUUCAGUGGAAGAUCAGCAGAGUCAGUUGAUUUCAUUAGAUGACGAGAGCCAUACCAAGGAAUCGAACUAUUCAGUUACAGCUGAUGAUGGCAAGGAUGUCAUCUCCACUUUACAAGGACAUUGUAACCACGAGCAGAACUCAGGUGCUAUAGAUGAGUUAUUAGACCUGCAACCUGAAGAAAAUGCUUCAAAGGAAAAGUUUGUGAGGUCCUUGGAGCCAGAACUUGGUGAUAAGGAUGACAUGAUAUUAUUAAACGAGAUCCUCAACGCCUCCUCCCUGGAGGAGGGGGAAUUCAGCAAAGAGUGGACAGCUGUUUUUGGACAGGCUGCUGAUCUCACCAUGAACCCUGCAGCUAGAGAUGGGGAGAGCACUUCAUCGUCUGCAGUACCAGCACCAUCAGGCUACUUACCCUCACAGCUGCUAGACAAAAACAUGAAUGAUUUGCAGUCAUCCUUACAUGGAUGGGCAGCCAGCAGUGUGAGCCCACCAUCAAUGCCACAGCCAGCACAGAAACCACACAGCCAGAAUGUGAGUGAUGAGAAGACGCCUGUGAAAGAAUCUACAAAGAAUCCUAAAGAUUUGACUGCUUGGUUCAGUCUCUUUGCUGACCUUGACCCAUUAUCCAAUCCUGAUGCUGUUGGGAAAACUGAUAAAGAACAUGAAUUGCUUAAUGCAUGAGUCAGCUGCCUCUGAAUUCGCACUUGUUUGCAGAAGUUUCGUGGAACGGAUGCUUUGCCAUGCCUUCAAUCCAUUUCUGUUUCUGUUCUGAGAAUUUUUCAUCCAGUUUGUUUCUGAAGCAUGUGUUAUUUUAAGCUUGUUGUGACAUUAACUCUUUAAUAAAAUGAUUUUGACAAAAAUCACAACUUUAUUCCCACUAGAA